GAUGCGGAAGUAUGUACAAAAGUCUCUGCUUUUGAACGCUCAGUCCGCAUGACAGAAUUGUAGCGGUAAAUAACAUAUGCAUCAGUCUCACAGAGAAAAUAGACAGUUAAAAUCAUAGUCUUAUAGGUUAUAGGACGUAUAGGUGUGGUUUAGUACCGCAGUGUUUUAUUUACACUGCAGUCGGGACGCACGUUGCCAGAUAAUCUGCAAGAAAUUAACACAUGGUCUGAUUUUUUCCCCCCAAAGUUCCAAGCUAAGCAAUGACGGACCAAGAGUCCUGGCUGAACUGUGAGAAGACUGCUGUCUUGCAGGGAGGAUUUCUGCUGGCAAAUCAGUUAUGCCAGCCAGAGCCUCUGUCCGCAUUGAAAAAAGAGGACUGGAAACACAUUGGACGCCCUAUUGUUCAGGCCGUCACCGAAGUAUGUGGACAGUUGUGUGUAAACAACCAUGAGAGGCUUCACUGGAGAAAGAGGAUUCUGUGCAUUCUAUGGAGCAAAAUUUUGGAGAAUGAGAAAGGGGAGGAUAUUGAUAUCAGAUGGAGGGAAGAUCCAUUAUUUGCCUUUCAGAAUAGCCUCCCUGAUAUUAAUCAUACAGUAAUGUUUGAACUGAUCAAAUCCAUGGGCUUCUUCAGCAUCUAUGUUGAGUUGCUCUAUUGCUUUGAAUCGGUCCAAAAGUGCACAGAGCUGGAGAGAUUAGUGAAACAUGUUACAAGGGACAGCACAGAAGCUGAUGUGAAAUUCUUGCUGGAUGUGUGGUGGGAGCUGUUCAAAGGAAGGAACGAAACAAAGGACAAGCUAGACCAAAUCUUUACUGCCCAGUGUGUCCGUUUCACAAAGACCCCCCCUGACUGCUCACCACAAGCUUCAAAACGAUUUAAACCUGACCCAGAUUUGGACGUGUCCACCACAUGCAUAAUGUCCAUCCUAUUUCAAGGACUGAAGGACAUAAAGGAUACAAUAACGUCAUCUGAGAUAUGUUAUUUUGCUCUCUCCAACUGCCUAGACAUGCUGUACACCUUCUAUCUGUUGAACCAUGAAACAGACAUCCCAGCUGAAGUCAAACUUCAAAACAUUGCUCGCUCAGUAAGCCUGCGAAAGAGAAAUAAUACUUUGGAAGGGGUUGAUCUUAUUCAGGCUAUACGUGAGUCUCACAGAGAUUUUGCUGCUAUACUCACUCCUGCUGAGAGCAAGCCAUGUGGAAUUACACUGAUCAAAGCCAUGGACACAAUACUUGAAGUAAUACGUGUGUGGGAAAACAGAGGGAUACUGAGGCCCACUAAUGACCCGAGUGCUUUAACAAUCCGUCUCAAGGAUAGUCUGGGCAGAGUUCUCAAGUCUUUGGAAGUCCAGUCUGGGAACCAGGGGGGAAAUGAACAGACGGUAAAUAGUUUGAAAAGAACUUUGGAAGAUUUGCUUGCAUCCUUUUCUUUUAAUGUGCCUGAAAGUCCAUCAGAUGAAAUAGCAAGUGUUGCCAUAAUGAUCAUUGACAGCAAUCUGAAGGGUUUUGAGGAUCUUCCUAAACUUUUUGCCUCCAAACUGAGCCAGACUUUCAGUGAUACAGAGUGGCUAAACUGCCUUGAGAGAAACAAAGGUGCAUUUCAGAAAAAAGAACUUGUCAUGGCCUUGGUCUCUUCUCUUAUAUCCAAAUGCCAAAGCGAUGCCGAUGUAAAAUACUGCAAAAAGCUCAAGGAUAUUGUUGUGGAAAUAUUUUCCCAGCUGCCUUUACCAGACAAGAAUGCAAUUCUUUCUCAAAUUCUUACCUUAUCAAAGAAAGGUUUGCAUGGCUGCCUUCCAAGCUCUGUAACAAUAGGCUAUGAUGAGGAGCUUAACCUGGCUUUUAACUGCAUCAUUCAAGGUGAAGCAAAAAGCAGCCUGAGCUCAGCCAUCAAUGCUGUGGCUCGCGUGGCCUUCCAGAACCCUGAGGCCACCAUGCACCGGUGCUGCCACAUGGCUGUGGUGAACCUUGGUGCUCAUACUCUCCUUGCUCAGAUUCUCCAGCAGCUUUCUGGACUUAUGAGCACACCAAGGGACCCAAGUGGGACAAGAAACAAAGAAUACAACUUGUUAUGCAGAUGCCUGCAAGAUACUAUGUGGAACAAACUCUCUUCACCUCAAGAGGAAGACCAGUUUCUUUGUUUCCUGUCAGCAUUAAUGGAGUCCAACAUUACUGGCCAAAAGGGAGAAGAACUAUGCUUCCUCCUACCAGAGGACAUUGUACAUGCUUUUGUCUUACCUUACCUAUCCCUUUCAUGCCCCCAACCUUGCAGACUUGAAGUGUGCCUUCAACUUUUCCAGUCGGCUUUGGCCCGUAUAUCCAAAGAUGAUGAUACACACUGGAUAAUGAACUGCUCCCCAUUUGCGCUCCUAUACUGUCUUGCUCAGCUUUUGAAUAAUUGCAGUAAGUGCUGGGAGCAACAAUUAGAGGGAGAUAUUGGUUUAUCUCUUGAAUCCAAAGAACUGUUGAUCUCCAUUGUGACCACAAUGGGCAAGGCAGUUGGCAAGGAAGUGGCUCUGGCUCCUAAUACUUGGUCCAGAGCAAUUUCUUGGCUUUAUGCGAAAGUGGAAGAAGUUGACUGGACUGUCCGCAUUCACCUAAAAGAAGUGUGGGGAGAGCAUUUCAAAUAUGAAGUGCCAAGCUCUCUCAUGGCUGUAUCUGAGCUUUCUGAGCAGGAGUGGUGUGGACUGGUGUUGCCUCACUAUGGUCAAGGCACUGGCCUGUUGGCCUGGAUUGAAUGUUGUUGUCUCUCAGAUCACAUUCAGGAAAUAAUGCUGGACUCCCUAUCUCUAAACUUGCUCAACCCAGAGGAAGUAACCAUGUUCAGUAAAGGCCUGCUGGUGGCAGUGUCUCAGGUUCUCCCCUGGUGCACAGUUGGCGAAUGGCAGCGAAUACUGAAAGUGUUGCAUGAACUCCUACAGUCAGAUAAGCUUCAUGUACCAUACUCCCUGGAAUAUGUGGACUUCCUCCCAUUACUUGACCUUCGUUCUUUUGCUCACGACUUGCAGGUGUCUGUGUUCCUGCUGCGUAUGUUUCAGCUGCUCUGUGGCUCCAGCUGUGCAGGGUGGCUGCCUCCCCAAGGCUGGGCACAUGUAGGCCGGCUCUGUGCUACUGCCAUGAGGGGCAUCAUAGACUCUGUGAAGAACAAAGUGCCACUACAAUCCACUACUACCUCCCCUAAAAACCCCAUAAUGAGUAGUGGAAAUCUUUGUCAAGAGGUCCUGUUUGUGCUGACUCAGCUGUUCUGUCAUGUGCUACACAUGCAGGUGAUGAUGCCUGGACAGCCAGAGCCUUUGUUUCUGUGUGCACUGGACAUUCUUUCCCACUAUGAAGCAGUACUGUCUGCAUACCCCAAGAGUAGCACUGCCCUACAGGUAGCCAAUACACGCCACUUCCUUACCACCAUUACAGACAAUCUGCAGUGCACAGACAUGAGAGCUGUCCUGCACCAGAAGAUUGCUCAGCUAUGAGGAUAAAAUGGCAAAUUAAUGUUAUUGAUUUACAAAUAAAUCUCUUUAGCUCUUCCAUUCACCCUCACAAUAAAAAGCUAUUAGGACAGCAUUUGCUUGUCUCUUGUUAAUUGACUUGGGAGAUGAUAAAAAAAGAACAAAGAACCUUAAAACAUUUUAGUUAAAUCCUCAAUGUUGAGACUUCAGUUACAUUUUUCAACUGUAAAUGGGAUCAUAAAUUAAACUACAAAUUAAACUGUGUGAAAUGGAACCAUAAAAUCAGUCUUUUAUUUAAGUUUAUCUUUUGAUUUGGUAUUGUCCUUAUGGCAGUUGUAAAUAAUGCCUAGAGAUCUUUACAGGUACCAGGUCCCUAAUAUUUUACCCACAAAAUUAAGUGAAAUUAAUCAUCGUAGGCAUUCAUUUUAUAAUGUAGACCACAAAAUGGUGUAUUGUAUAUCUAAUGAAUUUGUGACCAAAUUCAUUAGUUAUAGUAUAUGACAGCAGUACCCCUACACUUGGAACCCCUAGCAAUCAGACUAUACUUUACAAAAGUAUAAAUGACAAUUCUGGGGAAAAAAUGAACUUCUGGGUAGUGGUCAUAAUUUGAACCAUGUCCCAGAUGAAAGGGAUCUACCUGAAACUAACUGAAAAAUUUCUAAGACACUGCACAUUGUACUGCAUCUUAACAGAUUGAGGCAUGGCUAAACAAAUCAAUUCCACAAUAAAACUGUCAAAAUGAUUUCCAUUUCAUAAACAAAUGGUAUGUAUAAAGAGGCGUGUUUUUCAAUGAAAACUAUAUCUUCUACCCUGAUUUGCUAUGCAAAUAUUCACCAAGAACAUAUUAAAAAUAACCUUCAUCUAGGGAUCCUCGAAAUGAGGAACGUGCCUGUCCCAAAUGACCUUAAGUCAAUUGGGACACAUUUAAUUGAAUUUGGUCCCUGAAAAUGCUAACCCAGCAAAGGCAAUGAUAAGAACAUGGGUGUCCUUGUGGACACUGUAAAUCAUUAGGUCCAAAUACAAGAAAGGUUUUUAAUUCUAUAUGUUCACUUAAUUCAUGAGUUUGGACCAUUUGAAAUGAUGUAACUUGACUUACCCCCAGCAUUCAUGUUCAACUUUGUAAAAGGGUAGAAAUCACUUGCAGGCAUCUAUUAAACAUGACUUUUUAAAAUAUUAUGUAUCAGUCACAUAUUUUCAGUCAAAGCUAAAUUAACUUGUUUCUAAUUUGUCAGUGCAGAUAGUUGUUUUUGCUUCCCAUAAUGUUUACGUACUUAAUCACAAGUCACUAUGAGUUCUAUCUAUAAAUACUCUACACAAAUUACUCACACAUUUUACAGUACGAGUACAAUUUUACAUCCAUUAGUCCAAUGUUGUGUGUGUGACACCAUUAAUAAGCAGACAAAAUGUGUGCUCUGAUCUACUAUAAAAAUGUCCCCACCCUGUCACAUGUGCAGAACAGAUUAAAAAAAAAAAACUAGCUAAAAUUUAUUCAAC